AUGAGUCUGCAGAGUGUUUGUUUUUUGGAAGUACUUUCAUUAAAAAAAGGUCUUCUAGACCACUUCCUGGUACAGACCUGGACUUACAUCUUCAAUGCUCUUCUCAUCCUCUUCUCAUCCUCUGCCCUUGCUCUUUCAAAACAUCCCCUAGCAUGUUCCUCCUCCACAUCUUCCCUCUGCCACCACCACAUCUCCGCCACUUCCCCACCUCCGGCCGGGGCCCUACUGCCUCACACAACCGCCUCCUUCUCCUUCGUCGCCGCUACCACCUUCCCUCCUCCCACAGCCGCCGUUACCAAAACCCCCCUCCUCCCACAGCCGCCGUUACCACCCCCCUCCUCCCACAGCCGCCGCUACCACCCUCCCUCCUCCCUCCUCCCUCUCCCUCCUCCUACCGCCGCCGCAUCUCCCCCUGCUCCUCCCAGCGCUGCCGCCUCCAUCACAAACACAACAGGUGGAACAAGAAAGAGGGUUUCUUGA